UGCGUGGUUCUGUCACUUGUUGGGCUGAACCUUGGACAGAGCCGCAGGCUGCACGUGAUGAUCGGAGCGCGUCACCGGAGCGCUGCGUGUCGCUCGCCUCGAGAGACUGGACCACGGCUGACAUCCCAACAACCUGACAGGCAGCAUCAGAUCUGAGCGUGCACGCGACAUCAUGGCUGGCUUGAUGGCAGGUUUUGGGCAGUACACCCACGCGGUGGUCCGCGGGAUCCCCGCGUCGCUGGCCCAGGAGGCGCUCCGGAGCAGCGAGGCGGAGGUGGACCUGGAUGCGGCGCGGAGGGAGCACGACGCGUACGUGGAGGUGCUGAGGACGAGGCUCGGGCUGGAGGUGGUGGAGCUGCCCGCGGACGACACGCUCCCGGACUGCGUGUUCGUGGAGGACGUGGCCGUGGUGUGCGGUGAUACAGCGCUCAUCACCAGACCCGGGGCUGAGAGCAGGAGGAGAGAGACAGAGGCAAUGCAAGAGGCUCUGAAAGGUCUGAAUCUGAACAUUGUGGAAAUGACUGACGAAAAUGCAACGCUGGAUGGAGGAGAUGUUCUGUUUACUGGUCGAGAAUUCUUUGUGGGCCUUUCUAAACGAACCAAUCAGAGAGGAGCAGAAAUUCUAGCUGAUGCAUUUAAGGACUAUGCUGUUUCUACAGUGCCUGUGUUAGAGGACCUGCACUUAAAGAGCUGCUGCAGCAUGGGAGGACCAGGGCUUAUUAUCAUCGGCUCCAGUGAACCAGCUCAGAAGGCCCUCAAAAUUAUGCAGCAAAUGAGUGACCAUCGCUACGACAAACUGACAGUUCCUGAUGACCAUGCUGCCAACUGCAUCUACAUGAACCUGCCCAACAAGGGACAUGUGCUUCUGCACUGCACAAGCGAGGAGUUCCCAGAGAGUGUAAAGGUGUUUGACAAGCUGAAGGACCACAUGUUGAUUCCAGUGUCCAACAUGGAAAAGGUCAAAGUGGAUGGCUGCCUCACAUGUUGCUCUGUUCUCAUCAACAAGAAGGCCAACGUCUGAUCACGCUCCACAGCUGCCCAUCAGAGCUGCAGACCCUGCAGUGAGUCUGGUCACUGUGGAUCUCAAGUAAUUAAAUUACAUUGCUCUUAAAAAAUAGCCCAUGUUGCUUUGGGAGAGAAAAAUAGCUAAAAUAAAACAUUCGGAUUGUUUCAGCAAUUUGUAAUAUAAAGGUAAUGUUUGUUAUUAAUGUAUCUAAUUGACAAA